AUGCCUUGCGACGACGAUGACAACGAUCAUCGUCUCGGCGGAGUCAUCCCAUCCUCCAUUUUCAUGCGACCCUUCUGCAACGUCAAAUUACUGAUUCCCUUCUGCAACGUCAAAUUACUGAUUCCCAACCGCGCUCACGACGUCGUUUCACGACUUACUUUAGACGAGAAAUUUUUGCAGUUGGUUCACGGAGCGUCGGGGAUUCCUCGCCUUGGGAUCUCCGCUUACGAGCGACAGUGAGAAGGAUUUGUGCUAACUAUGUAUAUUGAAGAUGGAAGUACUGGAAUUGGAGAGAGGAUUCCUAUAUGGUGGAGAUGGUAUUAUUGGGCUAAUCCAGUGGCUUGGAGUUUAUAUGGGCUGCGGAAAUCACAAUACAGAGAUGUGAAUGAACUUUUGAAACUUGCUGAUGGGUCCCAUUCAGUUCCAUUAAAACAGUUUCUUGAAGAUCAAUUUGGUUACAAACAUGAAUUUUUAGGAGUUGCUGCAACUGCUGUGGUCACCAUUGCGAACGAUCUGACUUGGGCUUAUGAUGGAAACUGCUUGUACAGUUGUAGCCAGGAUAAUUCUUUGCAUAGCUGGAUCAUAGAAGGAGAUUCCCUCCAUGGAGUCUCUUUACCUCCAAAUAUUCUUGGUGUUAAGACAUUCACAGAUGUGCUGGCUGAUAUGAGGAUAAGUGCGAUUGAUGAGUUUGAUAAGAUGGACGAGAUCACCACUUCUCUCAAUGCAAGAACUGCAGUUCUUGCUGUUGCCAAUCCUGCAUGGGAGAUAUGA